ACGAGUGCACAGGCAGGGGAGGGGCAGAGAGAGAGGGAGACACAGAAUCCGAAGCAGACUCCAGGCUCUGAGCUGUCAGCCCAGAGCCCAACGUGGGACUCGAACCCAUGAACCAUGAGAUCGUGGCCUGAGCCAAAGUCAAACGCUCAACCAACUGAGCCACUCAGGCGCCCCAUCCCACUCUUGAUUUCUACACAGGUCAUGAUCUCACGGUUCAGAAGUUCGAGCCCCGUGUGGGGCUCUGCAAUGACAUUGCAGAACCUGCUUGGGAUUCUCUCUUUCUCUCUGCCCCUCCCCACUAGUGUUCAUGCUCUCUCUCCCUCCCUCUCUCUCUCUCUGUCAAAAUAAAUGAACUUAAAAAACGGGGGGUGGGGGGGCACCUGGGUGGCUCAGUCAGUUAAUCGUCCAACUUCAGCUUGGGUCACGAUCUCGCAGUUCAUGAGUUUGAGCCCCACGUGGGGCUCUGUGCUGACAGCUGGGGGCCUGGAGCCUGCUUCAGAUUCUGCGUCUCCCUCUCUCUCUGCCCCUUGCCUGCUCACACUCUGUCUCUCUCUCUCAAAAAUAAACAUUAAAAACAAAAACAAAACAAAAAGGGAAAGAAAAUAUUAAUUACUAACAAAAGGAAACAUUCACUCGUCUUAUCUCUAAGGAUUUGGAAAUAAUGGUACUUAUUAUUGAAAAGCAAGGAUAAUGGAAAAUACUUAGUAGUAGACUGACUUGCUUUAAGAAUUAACAUUCUGGGUGUAAAGUGCGAUACAAUCCACACAUGCACACAAUGCCUGACACACAACAGACUUGGUGAAUUAUAAUGAACUGACUGAAUGGAGAUGAAGAAAGGAAAGAGAGAAGGAAGCAAGAAUUAGCCAAAAGCUGGGACUUAGGAAACAAGGUACGAUUCAUAGUUUCAAUGACCCUAGGCAAGUCUCUUAACCUGAGCCUCAGUUUCUCAUCUGGUAAACAGAAGCAAUGUCCACCUCACUGGUUUGUUGUGAGAAACUGAAUAAUGCAGUUAGAGAGAGAUGUGGUUAAAAGCACCUGACAGUCAUAAGACCUGGAUUGUAGAUCAGGUUCAAUUCCACACAAUAUAAUUCACUCAAAUAUUUACUGAGCACUUAUUAUUUGCCUGGCAUUGUAUUCCAGGUGCUGGAAUUGGAUAAAAAUUAAUAAGACAGCUAGGUUUGUCUCUUGUAUAGGGCAACUGGGAUGGAAGCAGGCCCAGAUUCCGAAUCAGAGCACUUUUAUUUUACCUAUAUUCAAAAGAGGUCCCCCCAAAGUCCCUGAGUCAUGCCAGUCUUUGCCCUCAAGAAACUCAUAGUCUCUUAGGACACAAACCUGUAAACCAAAAAUUCAUAGCAGCAUGCUAAACACAGCAAUGGUGGUAUAUAAAAUAUGUACGGAGGGAAUAAGGAAGGGCUGAGGAACUGUAGAGGGGGAGUCCGGUAAAGGGUCCUGAAGCAGAUGCUGUCGCUGAAUUAUGGAAAACAAACAGGAGUUCCUACAGAGAGAAAAAGAGAGAAAGGACAUUUUAGAUAACAGGAAGCAUUACGUGCAAAGCCAAAUAAAUAGGAAGUUGCUAGUUCCAGGUUCUGCCAUUGACUGACUUUAUUUACCUUUAUGGAAUUUCCCCAAGUCCCUCCAGCUUCCAGUUUUCUCAUAUUAGAAAAUGAAGUUUGGGGGAGGGGGGGAAAGAGGCAACAUAGAUUUUCUCUAAGGGGCUUUCUAACUGGUACCUCCCCACUGAAGCAGAGAGAAAAGGGUAGCGUUGGAAACAUCACGUGCUAUUUUUAGGGUAUGAGCCAGAGGCCCCAUCUUUUGUGACAAAAGAUGAUCGUCUGCAGUCGUCUGGAAAGUUUUGCGUAAUUCACCCACUUCACCAGUAUUUAUGGCAUUGACUGAGCCAGGCUGUAUGCUAGUAAGGAGGCCACCAUCCAGCAGAGGGAGACGUGUAAUAAGUACACGAAUACCAUGGAAACCAUAUUGGUCGGCUCAUGGAGGGUGCGUGGAAGCAGUAAAAUAGAAGAACCUAGGGGCAUGUCCCUGUGCAGGGUGACAGGAUUUAGCUCCUACCAAAAAGGAACUUCCUGCUUCCUCAUCCUGUUUCACCUUCUCCAACAGGCCGCUAGCAUUUUCCACCACCACAAGUUCUCCCUGGGCAGGGCGACCAGGCGUCCUCUCUUCACCUGCAACCUUUUCCAGGCCUGUGUAAGGGGCUCCAUGCACGCAGAGUGGAUGCAGGUCCCAAGACUGACCGGAGGGUCACACCCAAGCACCCACUGCAGGGGCCCCAGCAGCGGCGGGCAGGGGUGACUUGGAAGGCGGGCUGUCCCCUGGCUCCAGGGGUUGGGCUCUAGGCCGGCUGGGCGGGACUCAGGCUGCCAGUAUAAGACAGGAGCGCCACUGUCCUGGCCAGAGUGCUGAAGCUGGCGCCCCAGCCAGGACCGCGAGGCAGCCGGCCCUGAACUUGCAACUCUCGACCCACAGUGACUGAAGAAGAAGGAAAGGAGGGCCUUCUGCCACCACUCUCAGCCUCAGCCUCGGAGGAUGCGGCUCCUCGGGAGACUCCGCGCCUCCACUCCGGAGCCCGCUUUCACCAACGUGCUCACUCCGGACCGCAUCCCCGAGUUCUGCAUCCCGCCGCGGCUGCCCGCGUCCUGCGCGCCCGAGUCUCCGCCUCCGGCCGCCGCUCUGCCCCGGCGCUGCGCAGCCCAGCCGGACCUGUGGCCCAGAGGAGCCGACGACAGCGCGGGGCACACGGACUGGGACCCGCGCUCGCAGGCAGCCCUAUCGCUGCCGCACCUGCCCCGCGCGCUCACCGCCUACGGCUUCUGCACGCUGCUCGAGAGCCCGCACACCCGCCGCAAGGAGUCGCUCUUCCUCGGGGGCCCUGCAGCCGCCCCGCUCGUGCCCCGGGACUCGGCUCCGGCCUCCGCCCCCGCGCUCCCCGCGGGCCUCCGCCCCACCCCGGACACGCCCGCCCCGCCGCCCCGCGCCCGCCGCCUCCUGCGCGCCCCCGAACGGCUGCUGAGCCGCGCGCUGCGGGCCCGGACGAGCCGAGGCCUGGUCCGCGCCCCCUCCGUGUCCAGCGGGGACGGCGACGAGGACGAGGAGCGCGGCGCCGUCGCGGGGCCCCCUUCCCAGGCCCCCUCCGCGUCCCCGCCGCCGCCGCCCUGCCCCGGCCCGCGUCCCGAGCGCCUGGAGGCCGAGGGCACCGUGGCUCUGGGCCGCGCCGGGUGCGCCCUGCGCCUGGCCGCCGAGUACAGUCGGGCCAGCGGGCGGCUCCGCGUCCGGCUGCUGGGCACCGAGGGCCUGGCCGCGGGAGCCGCCGAGCCCCCCGCCGUCGGCUGCCGCGUCAGCUUCGUCCUGCGGCCGCCGGGCCAGCCGCGCUCGCAGCGCAGCGCCGUGGUCCGGCGGAGCCGCAAGGCCGCCUUCCACCAGGACGUGUGCUUGGACGGGCUCUCGGAGGAGCAGGUGCGCCGCCUGGCCGUGCGCGUCAAGGCCGAGCAGCGGGGUCGCGGCCUGGAGCGGGGCCGCCCGCUGGGCCAGGGCGAGCUGCUGCUGGGCUCCCUGCUGCUGCCCUGAGGGCGCCCGGGGCUCAGACCGCCCCCUCGGGGCGCCCUCGGACCGCUGGCAACUCGGACACCGACAGCCGCUUCGGACAAAAUAAACGUUAUUUAUUCAUUUUUCAA